AUGGCCGACGAGUCGGAUGCUCACCGUGACCCAGGUGCCAACAUGUACGAGGAAACCACAGUUGACCUCCACAACCAGUGGGAUGCCGUUCUGGUUGUCACCAAAGACAACACUAUUCGCAAAUUCCGGGUAUGCUCGAACGUACUCAGCGCCGCAUCGCCAUACUUCGAAAGCCUCUUGGUCGUUCCUACUUUCUCAGAGGCUAUUAAAGUCCAGAAUGGCCAGCGCCCCGACAUACACUUGGAGGAGAACCACUACCCAGAUGCCAUGGAGGUAAUGCUAAGCAUUCUUCACUACCGUAUGCGGCGCCAGUGGGACAUGGUGACUCCCGAAGAGCUCGCAACCAUCGCCAUAUGCGCUGACCAGUAUCGCUGCGUCGAGGCCCUCAAGGCCCAGAUCGGACAAUGGCUCGUUGGGCAGCCGAAGUCCAACAAGGCCGACCCCGACGAGAUUGGGUACUUGUUGGUUGCUCUACAACGAUUCGAGCACCCAGAAGAGUUCUCGAGAACGUUGGUGGCUGCUGUCAUGAACAUCCCUUUCUCCUUCGACUUCGGGUCUUGGGCUGCUGAUCCAAUUAUUUCUGAGUUGGACGAGGACCUGAGAGCGCGCAUCCAGAACAGUAUGGGAAAGGUCAAAGCGACACUUACCAAGUUCUUGUAUUCAGCGAUUACGGACCUCACCUUCAACGAGCAAACGCGAUGUUACUCUGGUGAACGUGUCAAGGAAUUCCUCAAGAUGCUCCAUAAUAACUCUCUCUGGCCACCGCAAGAAGCGAUAGAGAACUGCACCAUCAGAAAGCUUGGUUCGCGCCUCCGAAACCUGCAGAAGACCGACGUUCACAGCUGCGAUGCCGGCAGAGGGUGCGAACUUAGACGAAUUAUGGACUUAUUGGAGGCGGAGGCGACGACUGUUAUCGAGGGGGCCCAGUCAGGCUUGGAGAUGACAGCGAAGACGACGGCGGAGACGGGGGACGACGCCCAGGACAUGUAA